CCAUCUCACGGUGAAUGGCAUACAACUAUUCUCAAGACACUAUGUUGUUUUUCAGCAUGGCAUUUGCCUGUCCUGCGCUCUGAAUUUGUGGUAAAUAGAAAAUCGAAUCGAAAAAAUGUCAGCGAAAAAUUGUGCCCACCAAAAAUACAUUUCAUUUUAACAAUUAAAAUCAAUUCAAUUUUAGCAACAACCAUAUCAUUAGUCAUGUAAAAUUUUAAAAAAGUCAAUUCUAUUUUAGCAAUUCAAACAUUUCAUAGUUGAACUAAGAAUAUAUACACAUUUUUAACAAGAACAAAAUGUUACUACGCGAAACGAUUCGAUUUUUUUCACAACAUCGAACACUUUAUUGUUAUUUGUGUUUAAGUCUAUGGAUUUUUCUAUUGAUAGCAGGCAUGUACAAAUACAUAAGUACAGCUGAUUCUCAAUCAAUAUUUAGUGCUCAUCAAUAUCAGCCGUUUGCCGUCGAGGAUGAAAUGACCAAAUUGAAAAAACUCCAAACCGAUUGUAAUCCAUAUCGAACAAUCGUACGAAAAGACGAUGGGGGGAUUUUCGACGAGUGGAAAUUACAAGGGGUUAUAAUGCUAACCCGACACGGUGACAGAGGUCCAAUGGCUCAUGUAAGAGGAAUAAAUACAAUCGAUUGUGGUGCUGGACGUCAAACAAACGUUCUUCUCAAUAAAUAUCGUACAUUUCUCUUAAACACAACGGUCAAUGCACCAGCUGGUCAUUACAUUUACAAUAAAAAUGGUCCAUUUCAUAAUUUCCCAUUGUUGCCUGCCUUCUCAAAAGCAUGUUUGCUUGGUCAAUUGACUUAUAAUGGAAUCGCUCAGAUGCUCCAAUUAGGUGAUCUUUUACGCAGUACAUACGCACAUUCAUUGGGUCUGCUGGGAAAACCAAUUUUAGCACCUAAGCUAUUGAAUACAACACAAUCCCAAACAACCUAUCCACCAGAGGAGAUUAUCAUUUAUUCAACACGAUAUCGUCGUACAUUUCAAUCAGCCAUGGCAUUGAUGUAUGCCUUUUUGCCGGAACGAUGGCUUUCGCUGAAUUUGCAAGAAUCACAUUCGUUGGCAUUCUGUUUUGCAGACUGUGCUUGUCCAAAGGCAGAUCAGUUAAGUAACUUAUUAGCCAAAGAGUUUGCACAGGAGUUGAAUAAACACCCAACGGUGGCGGCUGUUGUUCAAUGGAUUGGUUCGAACGUUUUACAAAAUCCAACACCGAAAAUGCAACCACUUGAAGUUCGUGAUGCAAUUUUAUCGUUAAUUUGUCAUAAUGCACAAUUACCAUGUCGACGAAGUGCACCGUAUUACAUGGGAACCACGGAUAAUGAUCGAACCACUGUCACAACAACCGAAUCAAAUGAUUUGAUUAACAUCGAUCAAGAUGAUAACAAUGUAAACAGUGCGGUGAAUAUGGUGCAAGGAGACAGUCAAUCGAAUCGUAUUAUUGAUCCAGAUUCGGAUGCAAUGGAUUCAGAAAUUGAAGGUUGUGUCGAAGCAAGCCAUGUCACCGCAUUAAUGUCAUACACACAAUGGCAGGGUAAACGAGAAGCACAACAUAAAUUAUCACGACAACAAGGUUUAUUACGUGCCUAUGGAUUAAUUCGCAAUAUUGUCAAUCACAUGCUCAAAAUUAUAUCCGAUAAUAAAGUGAAAUUUGUUUUAUAUUCGGGACAUGAUCGAACAUUUCAGUUUCUAUUGACAGCAUUAGGAAUAUUCAAACCAACGGAAAAUGGUCAUCUACCAAAAAUGUCCUAUUUUAUUCCGUACGCAUCGCGAAUUGCAUUUGAAGUUUAUAAAAGUGAUGCGGGUAAUGGUGACAAUGCAGAGUACUAUUUUCGUGUUAUUAACAACGGUCAAGAUAUAACACGAAUGAUUGAAUUUUGUGAAGGCGGCCGAAGUCUUCGUAUAAAUAAAAAUGCACGAGGCAGCAAAGCUGAUCUGUGUCCAAUUGAAAAUAUCAUCCGUUUCAUUCAUGAUGAUUAUUUCACACUGUUUAAUGCAACAAACCAAAAGGAUGCCUGCUCCAUGCAAAAGAAUAACGAAUUUUAAAAUAAAGUACAUUUCAAUUUUUCCGCAAUUUCAUAAAGACUUAAAACAAAAGAUUUCCA